UUGCCUCCUGGACCUGGGGGACAGGCAGCCUGGCUUUACACUCUUCUUUUUGACCUUGUGGGUUUAAAGCUCAUCUGAACCUGCUUAAUUCUUCCUGUUAUGUGUGCUUUCCUUGUGGAAGGAGGAGACAGCCCACUCAUACCCCUUUUCCAUCACUCGUGGGUGCCUGAAACACCUUGGGUCAUCAUGGGGAGGGAAGGAGACCUGAAGAUCAAAAAUCCAGCCAAACCGCAGGGCCAUAUCCUGUUUUUUUGUUGUUGUUGUUGUUUUUUAAAUUUUGUUUUGUUUUUACCUGAUAAGGUUAUAUUUUGAAACCAUCAACAGAUUCAUAGUUGCAAUGGACUUCCAAUUUGCAAAUUGUUGUCUGGGUAGCCAGAAACGUGUCACUUACCUUCUUGGAACCCCAAUUUCCUUGUCUAAAUAUAAGAACAGCUGUGAGUGGCUUGAGCACAUGCUUAGCAUGAACUUUUGGUUUCAGCAACAGCGGCUCCUACCAAUCCUCACACACAGAGAGAGGGUGGGUUCCCUCCAAGCAGAGGGCACAGUCCUGCCCUGUCCAGGUUUCCUAUGAUUCAAGGCCCUGAGAAGAGGGAGCUUCAUUCUUCUUUCUGGUGAACUCCAGACACCUACAACAGCAGUGAGAUCAGCAAUGACAAUCACAACUGACCCUGUCCCUGGGGAGUUAGUCUGCCAGCAUAUGCCUAGCUUUAGAACCUCAUUAUAGGGAAAAUGUAUCUGCUUGUUCUUGUCCUUGAAUUACGUAAUAAAGCCCCCAUUGGUUGUCCCUACUGAUUCUAUUUUGUUUCCUUCCUUGGCAUAACAGAUAGGAGGAGAUAGCUUUCCUCCUCCCAAGGCAGAGUUGGAUUUUCAUUUGUUUGUUUUACUUGUACAAUUCAGUGGCAUUAUGUUUACAAUGUUGUGCCACCAUCACCAACUUCCAUUAUGAAAACUUUUUCAUCCCUAAAACAGAAACUCUGUAACAAUUUAGCAGUAACAUCCUCCAAGAUAUUUUAAAAGCAUUAUCUCAGGGUGUGCCAAACAUCCUGGAAAAGAAAGAGUUUGGGUGUGAUGAAGCAGGUAGAGCUCCUGGAUGGGGAGGCCAGAAGUUUCUGGUUGACUCUUCUGGCCUCUGUUUGAAAUUGGCUCAAAAGACAUGGAAUUAGUAGGCAAAGCCGCCUCCUCCUUUUCCUCUUAUCUGCAGAGAUCGGUUCCCAGCUGGCCAGGGCAGUGUCAUCGAUACAGCUGGUGUCAUCGUUACCUUCCACUAACAGAUCACUCGACACCUGCCAGCCCAGUCAGGGCCGGGCCUGGGCAUUGUCCUUCUGAGCUGGAAGCUUUAGCCCUCCCCAUUCUGCCAGAGCCCGAGGUGAGGCCAAGACACAGGUGCUGUUGGGAUGCAGGGCUUGGUAACCCAACAGAAGAACUAGAUUGCUCCUGGUGCCCGCCCCAGCCUUGCAAGGUCCCAGCUGCCUCUCUGGUUCCUGCUGCCUGGUGCCUGCUACUGUCCAGGGUGGAGGAGGUGAGUUUGUUGCUGGCUGGUUGAGACUGCGGCCAUGCUGCACAGAGCAGGAGCACGGGGUGUUGUCCCAGAGUGAGGAGCCAGAGGUGAGGAGCAGCCUGGGUGUCCCGCCUGGCCUGGCUCCCCUGCUAGCUGCCCCUCUGGUGUGUGCAUCCCAGGUGGCAUCAUGCUGCAACAGAUCCUGCAUGACAUGUACAUUGACCCCGAGCUCCUUGCUGAGCUCAAUAAUGAGCAGAAACACAUCCUCUUCUACAAGAUGCGAGAGGAGCAGCUCAGGCGUUGGAGAGAGCGGGAAGCCUGGGAGGCCCUGGCCCAGUUGGAGGGACUCAGGCCCCCGAAGGUCAAGCGAGGUAUGUGUCUGGGAGCAGCCAGCGACAAGCACAUCCAGUGGCUCCUGGGGGCAGACGGCGAGGUCUGGGUCUGGGUCAUGGGUGAGGGCCCUGGUGACAAGCCCUACGAGGAGAUCUCCGAGGAGCUGAUUGCAGAGAGGGCACGGCUGCAGGCACAGAGGGAGGCAGAGGAGCUCUGGAGACAGAAGGAGGCAGAGAUCACUAAGAAAUUUCGGGAUGCUCUGGCCAAUGAGAAAGCCCGGAUCCUGGCUGAGAAGUGGAAAGUGGAGAUGGAAGACCGCAAGGCAGCCAAAAUCCUGGAGGAGCGGAUCCAUGAGGAAUUCAAGAGGAAAGAGGAAGAGGAGAGGCGGAGAGGAGAAGAGCAGAUUCGCCUCCAGGAGGAGCAGAGGGCCAAGGAACUCUACUGGACCCUGAAGCAGGCCCAGCUGCAGAGCCACGCCAGCGAGAAAGAGGAGCGCGAGUGGGAAGAACAGUUGCGCCGGUCCAAGGCGGCGGAUGAGGAGAGGAGUCGCAGCGCCCAGCGCGCCCGGGAUGAAUACCGGCGCCACUCGCUCCGCGCCAUCCAGAAGGGCACCGUCGCCGGCCUCAGCUCCAUGUUCCAGGAGCUCAGCCAGGGCCAGGAGCAGGAGCAGGAGGAGAGACUCCACCACCACCUCCCAGGCCCCCGGCCUCCGCUGCCCCUCACCGUCAGGGCUUGGGAGCGCCCACUGCGUCCGGUCUCCAGAGAAGUCAUAGUCCGCUGGUUUAAGGAGGAGCAGCUGCCUCGCCGAGCUGGCUUCGAGAGGAACACCAAAUCCAUUGCCUCCUGGUUCCAUGGAAUUAUUAGCCGAGAAGAUGCUGAAGAUCUCCUCGAGAACAUGACUGAGGGAGCAUUUCUUGUCCGGGUCAGUGAUAAAAUCUGGGGUUACACCCUCUCCUACCGCCUGCAGAAGGGGUUCAAGCACUUUCUUGUGGAUGCCUCGGGGGAUUUUUACAGCUUCCUGGGAGUGGACCCCAAUCGCCAUGCAACGCUCACAGAUCUCAUUGAUUUCCACAAGGAGGAAAUUAUCACCGUUUCAGGGGGAGAGUUGCUGCAGGAACCCUGUGGACAGAGGGACAGCCCACCAGACUACCAUCUGUUGUUUGAAUGAUAUUUUUCUCCUUAUCAAUUGGACUUCUUUGGGCAU